AUGCCAUCAUGUACAUUUGACGGUAAAGGGGAUCCCAAGAAAUAUGUGGCGGCUUUUGAGAGCCACAUGUUGCUAUACACCGAUACCGAUGCGGUAUGGUGCAAAGUCUUUCCGACAACCUUGGCUGGAGUAGCCUCGGACUGGUUCUCCAAUUUGGAGCCAGGCUCUAUUAACUGCUUCGAGACCCUGGUGGAGUUGUUCACGGGCCAGUACAUAAGCAACAACGCAAGGCAAAGGACAUCUAGUGAACUUAUGGUCGUCCAGCAGCGGAAAGAUGAAUCGCUUAAAGACUUCAUUAAGCGCUUCAAUAACGAAGCUAAUACCAUACCAAAAUUGCAGCAAGUAAUUGCCGUGAUGGCCUUGAUGAAUGGUUUGGGUGACAACGACUUCAAAAAAUACAUGGCACAAAAGUCUUUCUCGAAUUUGGGGGUAGCGUUUGGCAAAGCUCACGAAUCUAUAAAGAGUGAGGAGCUACUGAAAACAAGCCGCCAGAUAGCGUCGCCAGAACCCUCUAGGAGACAGAACGACAAUAUUCCAAGCACCCAGGCAAGUGGGGUAAAUAGAUUGCAGCAGCAAAAUCAGCAAAGAUCUGGAAGGCCGGCAAGGGGCUUGGGCCGUUACAGUAGUUAUACGCAGUUGAAUUCACCGAGAGCAACAAUAUACUCUAUCAACCAGAAUAAGGAAGACUGGAGUCGACCGGCGCCCAUGAUAACAAAGGGCCGAGAUGUUAAGAAAUACUGCAUGUUUCAUAGAGACGUCGACCACUAUACCGAGGAGUGUAUUCAGUGA